AUGCAGAUUAGCGUGCCUUGGCCUACCGCUGUGGGUGUUUGUAUGCUACGACAUCCGAUGAAAUCAACACAAGCAAGCGCUCUGAAACACCAAACCAAACAAUGCCGACAAUCACCAAACAGAUUAUUGCCGCCAAAAGAACCUCAAAUGACGCCAAAUGCCGAUCUAUCCAUUCGUGCUCCGUCCCCCGCGCCCCGGCGCCCAUGCCAGAAUAGGAAGGCGAAUGUUUACCAUGGUGUUGAAAUACUCGGCACAUGCCAGUCUCAGCCGUGGUCCGUAUUCAAAACAACAAAAAAGAAACACGCUCCGACAGUCGAGAUGCCCUUCAAGACUGUUCUCGUUGCCCUCGCGGCCCUCAAUGCCGUCGAGGCCUUCUCUGGCUCUCACCCGCUCCAGAUGAAGACGGUGGACGCGCACACUGCUCGCGCCAUGAUGGCCGCCAAGGGCCACGCCGUCACCACCGACGCUGCGCUCUUUGACGAGCAGGGCUUCUGGUUCGGCCACUUUAGCGUUGGCGCCAGCCCCGACCUCUCCAUCUUGAUCGACUCUGGCUCCUCUGACGCUAUCAUCAACCCCGGUGUCUACAAGCCUUCCAAGCAGGCUGUUGACACCAAGAAGACGUUCCGCAUUGCCUAUGCCACCACCAACCCGGAUGGCUCUGGCCAGCUUUCGGCCCGCGGCGAAAUCUACACCGACACCAUCGGCCAGGUUGGCACCAACCUGACGGUGCCCAAGCAGUAUCUCGGCUCCAUCACCAGCCCUACGUCUCCUCCCACGUUCCCCCAUGACGGUCUUAUUGGCUUCGCCCACAAGAAUCAGGACUCUGUCGGCCACCCAUCCUUCUUCACCAACCUCUGCAACCAGGGUGCCCUGGCUGCUUGCCGAUUCGGUCUUGCCCUCAAGACGGACAAGACUGGUACCUUUCACUACGGAACCGUUGCUACCAACGAGAUCAAGGGCAGCCUCGUAAACGUCCCUAUUACCGACGAGUGGGCUGUUACUGGCGACAUCACCGUCAACGGCGAGGUGCAAGAGUCUAGCGUCUCGAUUGUCACCGACUCGGGCACCACCGUCAUCUUUGGCCCCAGCAGCCAGGUCCGCGAUGUCUUUGAUGCUGCUGGUGUCAAGUACACUCAAGACAGCAACGGCAUCACCGGCUACUACGCUUGCGACACGCCUCCUCAAAUUGGUCUGUCUUUCAACGGCAACAACUUCAAUGUCGCUCCCGAGGCUCUCGCCUUUAAGAAGAACGGCAACAACUGCACAGCCAGCAUCCAUGGCACCACCAACUUUGGCGACAUCUGGCUGGUUGGUCAGGCCUUUUUCCAGGGCAAGUACAUUGACCACAACUACGACAGUAACACCAUGGGCUUUGCCUACCUCAACUAA